UCAAGGCGGUCAAUGAGAUAUGCUUUUUCGAUCACAAAGAUCCUUCUCUGUUUCCAGUCUACCCUUCCGGCGUUGCAAGGCGGUCAAUGAGGAACUAAGGAACCUCUGCUUCACUGGUAGACUUCCUCAAGCUGUGGAGCUCUUAUGUCAUCACCUCCGGUCCUGCGUUGAUCCCCGGACUUACGCUUUGCUAUUGCAGGAGUCCAUUCAUUGGAAGGAAUCCAAGCUCGGUAGAAGAAUUCAUGCGCAGAUGCUUGUUGCUGGAUUCUCUCCUGAUGAAUAUUUGAGGACGAAACUGGUUAUAUUCUAUGCGAAAGUCGGAGACUUGUGGACUGCCCGGCAGCUGUUCGAUAGAAUACCUGAGAGAAAUCUGAUACAGUGGAAUGCCAUGAUCUCGGGGUAUGUACUGAAGGGCUUGGAACAAGAGGGUCUGAAUGUCUAUUAUUCAAUGCGGUCAGUUGGAUUGGCGCCGGACCAGUUCACUUUUGCGUCAGUCUUCCGGGCUUGUGCUAGAUUGGCGUUGCUGGAGCAUGGGAAGCGCGCGCAUGCUGUUAUGAUCAAGAAUCAUUUGAAAAAGGCUAAUGUCAUUGUGAGCAGUGCCCUUGUGGAUAUGUAUUUGAAGUGCAGCAGUCUUGAUGAUGGUCAUCGUGCUUUUGACGUAUCUUUGCAGAGGAAUGUAGUGACUUGGACCGCAUUGAUCUCAGGUUAUGGGCAGCACGGGCAAGUGGCAGAGGUUCUUGAGCUAUUCCAUCAAAUGAUAACAGAAGGUUUUAGGCCAAAUUCAGUUACUUUUCUUGCACUGCUUUCAGCUUGCAGCCAUGGGGGCCUCAUUGAUGCGGGGUGGAGCUAUUUUAAUUCUAUGGAGGCAGUAUAUGACAUCAGGCCAACAGGGGAACAUUAUGCAGCAAUGGUGGAUAUGUUAGGGCGAGCUGGGAGGUUACAUGAAGCGUAUGAGUUUGUAAAAAUGUCACCUUGUAAUGAGCAUUCUGUAAUUUGGGGGGCUUUACUUGGUGCCUGCAGGAUUCAUGGGGACAUGGAACUGAUAAGGCUUGCCGCGAACAAGUUCUUGGAAAUGCAGCCAAAGAAUGUUGGGAAAUACAUUGUGUUAUCAAACACAUUUGCAAACAAUGGAAUGUGGGAUGAUGUUGCUGAUGUCCGCAGGAAGAUAACAAAACUACAGAUAAAGAAGGAACCGGCUUGGAGUUCAAUUGAACUCCAAGGAGUGGUGCACACCUUCCUUGUCAGAGAUAACACUCAUGAAGAAAUUGGGAAGAUAUAUGAGACCAUUAGAUCAAUAGGCUGUGCUCUGGCAGAAGCCGGAUGUGUUUCUAGCAUGAAAGUUGAUUGUUGUGUCGGCCACAAGCAUGUUCACCUGAUGUUGUGGGGAGAACCACAACUCAUUGAGAUUUGCUUCCGACUGAAGGAGAUCAGCUCUAUUGAAUUUUUCACAUGUUCUGCAAAAGAAGACAAUGUCUGUGUAUACUGUUCCUUUCUCUGGAUCAUCUUCUCCACCAGAGGCAUCCUUUAUCACAUAUGUGUCACUCCUUGCUGUUCUGGAUUCCAUGGUUUUCAGAGAAGCAGGUAUAGUACCAUGCAGCAUAUUGCAGCUCAGGUUCAGGCCAUGCUCAUGGUGAAGAGAUAUAUAAUGUUUGCAGUAGAGGAUUCCCAUGCAAACGUAUAUGAUCUUUUGUUUUAUACUUCAGGGGAGAAUGAUGUGGUUAAUUGGGGUAUAAAAUAUCAAUGUCAUUCACAAGGAAUGAUCAAGAGUUUUUUCCUUGUUGGAUGGCUCAUGAUUGAAAGUCUCUUGUAUUUUCCAUUGUCUUCCAGUUCCAUCUCAACAUCAAAGGUGGCUGAAUGGAUAUUUAUGUUUGCACUUUGCAGCAGAUGUAUAGACCUGAAGCCUUGGUUGACUGUGAAUUCCUUCAGAAGUACAUUGAACCCCCCAAAGUGGAUGCGUAUGUACUCCGUUUCCAGGAUGAGCUCGCUCCUGCUCCACCAUCCCGUUGCCCUCUCCAAGCCUCCUCCUUCCAUGCUCCUUCCUGUCUCCUCCACAAACCCUAGGUCUCCAUGGAAAAUCCGAUUCGCCUCCAGAGCCUACGCAGUCACACAUUCUCCCUCUUUCGGUGAGAUACACGUCAUCGUCGGCCCUAUGUUCGCUGGAAAGACCACCGCCCUCAUCCAACGCGUCCAGUUGGAGACCGAUCAAGGGAGGAGGGCGGCGAUGAUAAAGUCGGAUAAGGAUACGAGGUAUGGGCUGGACUCCAUUGUGAGCCACGAUGGCGUCAAAAUGCCAUGCUGGGCUCUCCCCGACCUCUCCUCAUUCCCUGCUAAAGUAGGGCCACUGGCUUAUGAUGAGCUCGAUGUUAUAGGGAUUGACGAAGCCCAAUUCUUUGGGGACCUUUAUGACUUUUGCCGAAAUGCAGCUGAUCAUGAUGGGAAGACUGUUGUUGUUGCAGGUCUUGAUGGUGAUUACUUGAGGAGAAGGUUUGGCUCAGUUCUUGACCUUAUUCCUAUUGCUGAUUCUGUAACCAAGUUAACCGCACGAUGUGGGCUAUGUGAGCAGCGUGCCUAUUUUACUUUGAGGAAGACCAAUGAUACAGAGAAGGAACUCAUUGGUGGUGCAGAUGUCUAUAUGCCCGUCUGCCGGCAGCACUACGUCAAAGGUCAAAUUGUUGUUGAAGCUGCCAGAAUUGUUUUGGAAUCACAGAAGAUCAAAUUGUGACACAAGCCUGCCACAUGAGGUUUAUGGCCUAUGUUAUGCUAAUGGAAUCAUGGUGAUGCUGCUCUAUCCGGGAAGAGCAUCCACUGCUGGUUUCUCUGAGCAGCUCCCAUACCAAGUCAUAUGUUGCUGGCACUGGUUUGAUUUUUGAAUUAUGUGAACUUGAGAUUUGGUGUCUGUGUCAAUUUUAUUGUUUGUGUCAAGCUAUUGUCUCUGAGGAGAAAGAUUUGGAUUGCAAGAGAAAUUUCAUACAGAUAGCUGGAUACCUUAAUGGUUUCUCUUGCUGUUGUAUUCUUUAACAAAUGAGCACUAGGAUCAUACACCCUAAUGCCUGUGCUCUAUGAGCAUUGAUUUGUACAGGCAUAGGAUUAUUGGUGACAUGCUUCUUUCAAAUGCUUUUAGACUUAUGGUUAAUUA